AAUAAUUUCACACAAUUGAUUACCCAAUGCAAUCUGGAAUAGUCUUUAAUUCUUGUCGGAGCACAAAAUGUUGUCAGGUUUAYACAAAAGCUGUUGUUUGGUCAAAAUUCGCAGUUGYGCUCUAGUGACUUUAGCUUCACUGGUUGGUAGUUUUGCGUCAAGCUUGAAUUGUGAGGUUAGAUGUGAGAUGGCAGCCCCCAUAGAAAGUGUAACAGAGGCGGUUUUGCAAAAAACCCAAGACUCRUCAUUACUUAAAGAGAAAGUGUCGGGUUAUGACUGGACUCAAGGCUUGAAUUAUGACAAACUUCUCAAGAGUUACCUCCACACCGGUUUUCAAGCCACGAAUUUYGGGCUUGCCGUUGAAGAAAUCAAUAAAAUGCUUGAAUGUCGCAAAGCACCGAUUCCUGAAGACAGGUACGUCGAUAAUGAAGACCCCUUUAUUGGUGUCAAGAGCAACUGUACGAUUUUUUUGGGGUACACGUCAAAUAUUGUCUCUAGUGGGUUACGCGAGACAAUUAGAUUCCUUGUGCAACACAAAAUGAUAGAUUGCAUAGUCACAACCGCUGGUGGUGUUGAGGAGGAUUUUAUYAAGUGUAUGGCCCCCACGUUUUUGGGCGAUUUUGGUUUAGAUGGUGUCAAAUUGCGGAGUAAUGGGAUUAACAGGAUCGGGAAUUUGCUGGUGCCAAAUGACAAUUAUUGCCAAUUCGAGAACUGGAUUAUGCCACUUUUGGAUGAAAUGUUAACAGAACAGAAAGAAGGGGCCUUGUGGAGCCCCAGUAAAGUCAUAAAUCGGUUAGGUGAAAGGAUAAAUAACGAGGAUAGUAUUUAUUAUUGGGCUGCAAAAAACAAAAUCCCUGUUUUUUGCCCAGCUUUGACCGAUGGAAGCAUUGGCGAUAUGAUGUUUAUGCACUCAUUCCGAAAUCCAGGCCUCAUUUUAGACAUUAUCUCAGACUUGAGACAACUAAACUUAAUGGCAAUGAAGGCAAUCAACACCGGAAUUGUCAUAAUCGGGGGCGGGGUGGUGAAGCACCACAUCUGCAAUGCCAAUUUAAUGCGAAAUGGGGCCAAUUUUUGCGUSUUCUUGAACACCGCAUCAGAGUUCGAUGGUAGUGACUCGGGGGCGCGCCCCGACGAGGCCAAAUCCUGGGGUAAAAUAAAAAAAGAAGCGACUCCUGUCAAAAUCUACGCAGAAGCCACCCUGAUUUUCCCACUUUUGGUGGCCCAAACUUUCGCAAAGGAAGUUCAAGUCAAAGACAAGUAGWAUCUUUUGCAUUUUUAUUAAUAAAAUAAUUUAACUGUU